AUUGUGGCCUCUUCCAUCCACGUUAUUGGUUUACGAUUGAUUCGAUUCGAUCGAUACGUGAAGGAAGACCUGACGCAAAUGGCAUUCGCAGCGGCGUGCUGCGUCCCUGUUAUCCGAUAGACUAUUAUCACCAGUGCUUGUAUCAUUGCAUACAUUGGACAGGAUCAGGGAGUGUGUUGGAGCCAAACUCGGGAAUACGUAGAGUCUCAUAGAGAGCUCCACCAUGUCUGCCAUCUCGAACAUUAGGCCAAUGAGCCCUGUGGCGGCUUCAGCGUCUCCUUCCUUGGCCAUUGGCCAGAUGGUCAAGGUAGUUGGUGGAGACUACCAAGGUGAGACGGGAGUGAUAAUGGAACAAAAACGCAUGAAGUUUCUCGUGCAACUCGUGGGCGGUAGCGCGAAUGGGAACACGGCUUGUAAACCCUCCGUAUACCUGCUACCCAAGAACAUCAAGCCGCUCUUCUUAUCUGCUCCUCCUGCUGCUGCAAGGACUCGAAAAUUAAAGGCCAAACCACGAAAUAAGAAUGAUAAAAAAAGCAAUAAGGAGCGAGCACGACCGCCUCACGAGAGUUUGUCCCUGUCUCCGUCGCUUUCGAACGUCUCCUCGAUUACCUCACCGACCAUGAUCGAAGCGAACAACAACAACAACAACAACAACACCAUGUUACCACGCACUGCCACAUCUCCACCAAGGAUGGAUAUCUCGACAACCAGCGGUGCUAUUAAAAAGUACGAAAGGGGUCCGUUCGAACCAGGACACGGGGUACGCGUUGUGGGGGGCAGUUACAAGGGACUACGAGCAUUCGUGGUCGAACAGCAAAGGGUCAAAGUACUUGUGAGAUUGGAACACAGUCAAGAAGAAAUAUUGCUCAUGCCAGUCAAUCUGGGACCCUGGGAACGAAGUCGAUCACAUGCCGUGCUCAAGCAACGACGAAAACCGACGCAUGUUCCAGAAUCAGACGGCAAAAAUACUACUGCUGCUACUAUUACGACUACAAGAGCCAGGAAUAAUGCUACAGAUGCUGACAGUUCCGAUGAAAGUCCAUCCCACGAUGAUAUCGACAAUACUCGACCCAACUGUUCGUCGCCGCUCCAACGAUUCUGGUCGCCAGUUCGAGACCGCGACAGCCACGGCAACAAUAACUUUAAUACCAAGGAAGUCGAAGACGAAAGUAAAGAUGGUGGUCGAAGUCAAACUACUCUGGAUCUCAAAUACAGCGUUACAGAAGACUUCAGAGAUACACCCAUGCUACAUCUCAAAUACACACAGACGGGAGAUUUGCUGGGGGGAGAAAAGAUUGACUUGGAGGAAGAAGAGGAAGAACAUGGCUCUGCUACCGGUACUAGUACUGCUACAGAGUACACUUCUGACGAUAUCUUGGAAUCUCGGCAGACUCCCACCACCAUGAGCCGCGAAACCGGCUCCACUGCAUCCAGCUCGUUGGAUACGAUUACGAGACAGCGGCGAAUGUUGUCGCCACCACCACCUAGGUUGGGUUCUCCCCCACCACCAAGGUUGGGAUCUCCCUUUAGUCGUCAACGGCCCACCACAAUGGAUACUUUGUCGACAUCGUCAUCCACGGCUGAUGAGGUUGAUGGCGUCCCUGGAACUGUUGUACAUGCGGAUUCACCCUCUGCCAAACGUUCGGUCUUCAAACGUCGUGGAUCACAUGGAGUUUCCACCAGGCAGCAGCAACAGCAACAUCACAGUUUCGCACCCAUCAGUUCUUCCACCUCCACAGCUUCCUCCACCGGUGCGUCCACGUAUUCUUCAGUGGUAGAGUCGGGAGAAGAAGGGGCCAACAAUAAUGCGGCAACAGCAUCGACAGCAGAAGAAACAACCACCACCUCGACCCUGCACAAACCCGUCGCCACUCAUGCCGGCAAGCACGAUCUCAACAAAAAUGAGCUGUCCACCCAAAGCAAAGCUCCCUCACCACUGCAGAUCCAAGGCGAUGUCACACCAGUUCAUUCACCCUCCAGUCGAUCCAUCUUUAAGCGCAAGGCAACUCCUCGAGAUAUUGCCACGACCAGUAACGGUUUCGGCUCUGUGGAAAAGCCCAACAAGCAGGCCCAACGUCGUCCAGUGGAGACCAAAGUUGAAGGAAAAACCAAGAGGGGAAAUAGCACUGUUUCGUCAACUAGUGGCAACAACAAUAGUAGGAAGACAUCGACGGGCACAAAACUAGAACCGACCAACAGCUCCAGAUUCCGAAGGGGAAACAGGCCAUCAUUAUCAGUUUCCACUCCACCAGAACCCGAAAGCAAGGGGCAUAGCAAUAGUAAGCCGAGGACUCCUACAAAAGAUGGUAGCCCGUCUCCACGGACUCCCAAGAAAUCACCCACGAAUUCUUCCCCGAUCAGUGUCAUUGCGACUAGCCCGCGCAAGGCACCGAGAGAAAAGUUCACCUUUCAGAAUGUAAACAGCAACAACAAGGUAGAUGAACCCAGAUCCGCCAAUGCUCGGUCGAAACUGCAAACUAAAAAGCCCACAGAAUCACCAAAGAGUGCCAAAUCUUCCCCAUCAAAUAAUGAACAUAGAACCACGUCUCCUGCGUUGCAACGGUCCUUGUCUCCCUUAAUGCAACGCAGACGUUCUCUGUCAAGGGCAAAAGAAGAGGCACAACAACAGGCGAAGGCCGCAGCCACAAAGACUACAACCACAAAGGCCACUACGAAGGCGAUCAGUGAAAUGAGCCCUCGGUUGUACGCAAUGCGACGCAACGCGUCUCGGAUAAAGGCUGCACAGGAAGUGCGCCACGAAACUGCCAGCGCUGCUGUUUCAGGUUCUGCUUCCAAAAAAGCAUUGGAUUUCAAAUCGGAGCGACAACAAACUUCGUCACGGCAAAUCACUGAACCUCCUGUGUCGACGAAAGCCUUGAAACAAGACGCCAAACCGGAUGCACCGGGAAGCAUGCAAUCCAAACGAGCGACGCCGGGAACAGCAAAGCCCCCAACAGAGGAGAAAGCGAACAUCCCUCGGAAACCUGUGGUGCGUACCAGAUCGAGACGACUCGAAAACAGAAACCUGAUGAGAUAUGUGGCUUCCGUGACUUCGAGGAGUAAGAGUGGAUCGUCGCAGAAUGAAGAUGUGGCGCCAAGCCCUCCUGCCAGAAACGAAGAGCCACCCGCCACUGGCGAAAGCGGGCAACGCCUCAGAGCAGGACCGGGCAUGUCAUCUUCUUGGUCGCUGUCUACAACUGACUCAACUGAAGCAAUGCUCAAGAGUUUUACCGAAGCUUUGGAAGAAGGAAAACCAAUGCCAACGAAAACGAUUCAGGUUGUCAACCACAAUAGCACAGCACGAGAUGAAGGAACCACGGACGGUGCUGACCAGUCCGCAGCAACUGUGGAGCAUGCCAACAAUUCAGGUGGUCCUGAUGUCAAUAAAGUUUUGGAGUAUUCCAAAACACCAAUGGAGGCUGCCCUCAAGCCUGCAGACGAUCUUAGUAAAAGUUUGAAUCAGUCCGUCGUAGUAGAACCCAACUGGAGUGCCCACCAACCCAACAUUAAUGCUGCAUACAUUGACGAUCCAGGCGACAAAGGUACGGAGCAGCUUGCAGUGCCAUCAACCGAACCUACAGUCCUUUUGCAGUCCACCAAUAAUUCUGCAAAUAAUGAGCAUGAGGCCAGCAACACAGUAGCCCCACCCAGCCCAGUCGAACAUCAGGCGGAAGAGCGCGGCAACUGCCAGGUGGCUCAGCCACCAACACCACAAGGGCAAGCCUCGACUGUCACAGAGGAGAAGGCCAAAGCAACGGAGGAUCCAAUGGAGUAUGAGGGGCCCUUUGACGACGCCGAAACUCAGGAAAUCAUUCGAAAAUACAACCAAAUCUUGCAGCGAAGAAUGGAACUUCUCAAGAUUCAGCAAGAAGAGGAGCAGAGAAACUCAGCCAAUAAGGGAACCGACGGAACCUGUUACAUAUCAGAUGAUGAUGACGAUGUUAGCGAAAAGAAACUGCAUGGAGAUGGCUACAGGGAAAGAGCCCAACUGCUGUUGGAUUUUGAGGCUGGCUUGAUGCCUCAACAAGUCACGCACACAAAGCAACCAAAUGAAGGCCAUGGGUUCAUGCCAGUCUCAGGGAACCAAUCGAGAAACCUGCACGAGAAUUCGACACCUCUCGAGCUCGCACAAAUGGAAAGUGGACCUCACCAUCAGCAACCAACAAUCGUACAAGCACGAGGAAAUCAAUCAACUCAGGUGCAGACACAAGAACAACAGCCACCAGCAAGGGCAAGUGAACAGCCAAGACAAAUGCAUGCACAAGAACAACAUCCACCAGCAAUGGCAAGUAAGCAUCACCAUCAACAACCAAUACAAAUGCAGGCACAAGAACAACAGCCACCGAUGAUGCCCAUAUCAAUCGCCCACGACAACCAUCCCAAUGUGGGUUCCUUGCCACCACCUACUAGUUUACCCGGAUGGGCUUCGUCCCAACCAAAUGAUAAAAUCAGACAUUCAGUGGAAUCACCACACGAUGGAUUGGCUUAUGACCACCAAACAGCAGUUCUGGCCCAGACCUAUCAUGGCAGCCAAGAACAAGAGCAGGAAACGAUAAAAGUAAACAUGCAACAAGAGAGGAAUGUGAUGGCUGUAUCUCGAUUUCCUCCUAUGGAACCACCUUCUUCAAUGGACCUAGCUUCAACCUCUUUCCAACCGAAAAAUGUUGACAAAAAUAAGAUUGAUCCACCAGCUGGAGAACUCAUGUCUGGCGUGAGUGAAUAUGUCCAUCGUGACGCUAUUCUGGCCCAAACAUAUCAUUCCAGGGAGCCACAAGAGCAAUCCACCAAUGGAAUCACUGAUCAAUCCUUGCCCAAAGCAAUCGAACCAGCUUCAUUGUACACACAAGCAACCACAUCAACUGUUUCAGCAUACAAUCAUCGUGAAGCAAUACUGGCACAGACCUACGAUGGCAGACAGCCUGAAGAGCCUUCACAUGGUGCUGGCAUAAGUACUCAAGCGAUAUUGCCCAGAGAGAGUGGUCACAAUCUUCAUCUCGGUGGCAUUCAUCCUUUGUCGCCUCCCACUGAACCAGCGUCAUCCAGCGAAGCAAGAUCUGUAGACAGAAACACAGCGGAAUUUCUGAGCAGAGAAACCACAGCGACGAUGGGGGCAUAUGACCACCGGGAAGCAAUUCUUGCACAGACGUAUCAUGGUAGACAGGAACAGCAAGGGCCAACUGGGCAUCCGUAUCAGUCUUACCACGCUGGGCCUACAUCUCAAUACAAAGCAGUCCCGACUUCAUUUUAUCCCAAUGAUUCUGAAAGAAUUGACAAUGAUUCACCCGCUUUGAAAUCUCACGGGAUAGUGGCACAUCCAGAUCAUAACACACAGGCACGAGUCGCCGCAACAAACGCUGUUGUCUCUCCGUCCGCGAAGGAUAGAAGUCUUUAUGACCACAAGUCGGCAAUUCUGGCGGCAACUUAUCGGCUGGGAGAGCAGCAUCAACAGAAGCUUCAGCAGCAACUGGAAGUAGAACAGAGUCUCAGCGCUUGCGACGUUGUCCCUGUUCAAUCCUUGUCCAGUAGCCCUCCUCCAUACGAUUACAACGAAAGCAUGGUUUCUCAAGAUGAACAGCAGCACGAGGUGCAACCAAACAAUCUGGGGGGAGUACACAUCCUUCAAGACAUCAGUGAAUUUCUACAUACCGGAAAGCAAGCACCAGAGCUAUCCACCAAGCAUCUAUUAGCGCAGCAAGAGGCCCGUCGGCAGUUCGUGCAGCAACAGAGGGGCCAUUCUCACGGCAUUGGAAUCCCGGAACGUGCCGUCCCCUCAAUGACUGCCAAUACGCAGUCACAAUACGCAUUUCGAAGCAGCCACGAAAGCUCCAGUAUUGAUCUGAAGGUUGUUGAUUUGGUCUACCCGAAAGAACACUCACUUGAGAGUGCCCCUCCUUUUCAUGUAAGCGACGAUCCCUCGCUUGACAUCAGUUUGCUAGAGUCAACGUCUAUCGCAUCUUUGCCGCAAAUGGAGCUACCGCCUCCCCCUCCGCCGCCCCCUCCACCGCCGCCUCCUCCUCGAACAACGAUUACGGAAUUUGCAAAACCGACCAGCAUUCAAAUUAGCACCGUAGACCUCGCGGAGCCUCCCCCACCUUCCAUCACGCCCAGGACACCUGGAGACUCACGGCAAGCAAUGUCCACAGAGAGCACACCAGCAACACCGAGAUCUGAACGUUCCCCACGGAGAUCUCCCAAUGCCCGAAAUUCUCCGCUGCAGGAGUUCGGCGAACCGUCACCCACUUCAAGGACGCCACGGGCGUCUGGUUCACCGAGUACGUUUGCGGAGUCUUCGGCCCGAAGUAGAGCGGCACAGGCUCCAAUUCAGAGCAAGAGCACUAGCUUUGAGUCCCCCAAAGUCCCUACAGAAAGUCAAGACAGCAGCCUGGGCAGCCUCGGCACUGAUGAUCAGGCGAGCAUUGAAGAAAUUCCUGCCCCACCAAGCUCCCGUGAAGAGCAACAACGAAAGAAUCGCAAUCUGUUUCAAAAGUCAUUCCUCGAGGCCACCAGCAGCCGCUCCAACAAGAAGUCUUGGUCUCGCAAGAAGCAAAGCGUCUUUACUGCGGCAACGAACGUUUCUGCUGCAUCGUCAAAGCCCUCACGUGUCCAAGAAUCUACACCGUCUUCUUUGAAUCAAGGCAGCAAGAGCGCUUCCCCUCUUUCGAUAAUCACCAAACAAAGCUUCUCUCAUGGGCCCAGAAACGAGCCUCUGUAUGGAAAAAAGGCAUUAAAAGCCAAACCAUUCGGAAGGCGAACCAGGAUUUCUUACCGGCAGUGUCGUCGUCGUUAUCCUCCCUGAUACACGAUGAGCGAAUGCAUUCGGGAUCUCUUGGCGCAACGUGGCAAGAGAUCCUGCAGUUUCCAUCCAGAACAUUGACUCGAAAAGACAUUCUCUGCAAUCCCAACAACAGUGCCCGUUUCGGCCGAUCACAAGAUAUCAAGCAUUUCUGCUACUUAUGUACUCACAUGUUCCGGCCGGGAGAUAUUGUGCGGACUCUUCCAUGCAGUCAUGCAUUCCACACGAGCUGCAUUGAUCCGGUGUUGUUCCAGCGAGCAAACUGUCCAAGGUGUAAACAUCCUGUUGUCGUUCUUGAAAUCUAGUUAGCCAUGCAUGAUGCAUGCAUGAUGAAGGGAGACUGAAACAUACAUGAGCUUGUCUCUCUCUUGAUUCUCUGCUUCCACAAUCCACCUCAUACGAUAUGGAUAUGCUGAAGUCUUGGUUCGAAAUGUGAUGGAAGGCGUUGUUGGACAACAUGCAUCCAGCGAAACAGCUUUCGAAGCACACUGCACUGUUGCCAACACUAUCAAUGAUCCCCUUCUAACUACCGUAUGCAUACAAAUAGAAGAAGAGAGAUACUUUGAAUAAAAAUCUAUAACUAUAGAUAGACUGGCUACGAUUGAUAUAAAUAUAUAGAACACCACAUGCAG